UAUCAGCAGGUUUCUGUGUUUUGUGUAAAACUUUAUUAUUUUUCCUGUAAAUGUAAUAAAAUCUAUAGAAGAUAAUGUGAAAUUGAAACAAACAAGAGAUCAAAAUAAUGUUGUGAAUAGUUGGAAGAUACAAUUUUUUUUAAAAUGGCAGAAAAUCUACCUUUCGAGGUGCUUGUAUACAUUUUUAAAUAUCUGCCAAGAGCUGACAGGAAGGCUGCGGGGGAAACAUGUCGGACCUGGAACAUGGUCGCCAAUGACCACUGCUACGUAAAAGGCAAGCUGGCCGUGAUCAAUAAAAUAGAAUUAUGCGAUAACACAACAUCACUUGAAAUAUUUGAAAACUCAUCUAUGACAAUCAACAAUUACAUGUUUUGUGAUGUUGAAAUAUCCAGCAAAGUGAACAGCUUCUGGAAGAAAAUGGGUGCGCAUGUUAAAUGUCUCAGCUUGAGAAACUGCGACAUACACGAAAAAGAGUUCAUGUACCUUCUAGACAAGUGUGAAAAUCUAGAGGUCCUCCAUAUUCAAGGGUGCAAGGAACUGUUCAUGUCUGGAUGUCUGUUGGAAGGUAAAACUGAUGGGCUGCAACCUAACAGCUUAUGCAACUUGAGAUGCCUAAGUUUAUCAGAGAAUCAAUAUCUCACCGAUGCGCUCUUUAACAGAUUCGUUAAAGCUGCACCAGCUUUGGAGGAUCUGAAUUUAUCAGGCAGUUCUGUCCAAUUUCAUUAUGGUCUCGUAAGGAGAUUUUACCCGCCGGGGACGGAUAUAUUUGAAAAACCGUCGGAAAGCGUGUUGACGUUCUACUUCAUACUACAAUUUAUAAUAUCGAGGGCCAGUAGCAUAAGAAGUCUCCAAUUCAGUAAUACUCUUCUCGAUGGUUCCGCGGUAUCCUCUAUAGCGCAAAUUGAAGGUUUGCAGCUGCGGUAUUUACUCGUGUCGAGCUGCGACCAGUUGACCAAUCUGGGAAUAAGAUCACUAGUGAACCAUCAAAAACUUUUAAAGGAACUCGAUAUCAGUCUCUGCACUAGAGUCACCGAUCAAUCCCUAGUACUCAUAGCGGAUAAUCUAAUUAAUUUAGAGAAUCUUAACAUUCAGAGGUGCAGAGCCGUAACCGAUCUCGGCAUCAUCGAGCUCGCUAAACUAAAACGUCUAAAGAAGCUGAACAUUUCGCAAAUGGAAAAUAUAACGAGGUUGGGGUUCGAAAAGGGUAUUUGCAAGGAAGUGAACACCCUCAUACAGGAUCUCGACAUAAGCGCUCUAAACUUGGACGAGAGAGCUAUUAUUAUCAUAUCCGAAAAAUUGCCGGAGCUGCGAAAUUUAAACAUGAGCUACUGCUUCAACGGCGUAACGGACACCUCCAUUCAGAUGAUCUUCAAGAACCAGAUAUGGAUGCGCAAGCUGCGGAUCAAUCACUGCGACAAAGUUACCGACGCUGGCUUGACAGGAAUGGGCAAGGUGGAUGGAGACAAUAACAAUCCCACCUCGUCGGAGUACGUCGAACCCAACGGUCCACAAAAAAUACAUCUCGGCUCCCGGGCCGAGGAAGAAAUAGUGAGGGACGCCAAGCGAAAGCUGGACGUGAUGAGGAUGUGCGAAAAUUUAUCCAUGGAUUCCUACAGUGGCUACUCGUUAGCUCGAAUGAAAGGUCUCAAAACUUUGGACAUUGGUGGAUGCAAUAAAAUAACUGACGUCAGCUUAACGUACGCGUUUAAUCAUACGGAGCUGACUUCUUUGAAUCUAAGCACAUGUCAACAGAUUACCGUCGAAGGCUUGAAACAUUUGGUCAAGAACUGUCCGAGUAUUGAAUAUUUGAUGCUAGUCGACUGCUUUAACUUGAAAGACGAAGGUUUUAUUGAAAUCGUCAAGGGCUUGAAAAGAUUGACCAACUUGGAAGUUAGGGGUUGCAACCAACUCACAGACCAAGCGGUGGAGGCUAUCAAAACCUACUGCAAGAAGAUCAAAGUUCUGGACCUGCAGGGCUGUCGCAACAUCUCCGCGGAGGCCGCCUGUUGUAUCGGUAACAUACCCACCCUUCACACGGUGCUCAUGUCGAAACCGGGGCCCUACAUCACGGACGGAGUGAAAAACAGAACCCCAGCGCCCUCCUUUUUUCCAUCGUUCUUUAGGAGGUUUCGCUGGCAUUAGAUAGUAUACUGCGUUUCGGUUCAUUGUGAAGCAAAAUUUAAACUCUGAAGGAGUAUUAUAGUCACACAGG